CUGGGUUUGGCAGCUAUGGCAUCGCCUUCCAGAAACUCUCAGAACCGCCGUCGAUGUAAAGAUCCCCUCAGGUACAGCUACAAUCCUGAGCAGUUUCGCAACAUGGCUGUCACCAUCCCAAGAGCAAACAGCGACACAAACCUGGUGAAUUCAGGGAGUCGUUCCACCUUGAUGGUCAGCAGUUCCCGAUAUACCAUUGGCCAGUCACAGGACCUUAUUAUCUGUUGGGACAUCAAGGAGGAGGUAGAUGCUGGGGACUGGAUUGGAAUGUAUCUUGUAGAUGAGGUUCUGUCUGAAAAUUUCCUGGACUACAAAAACCGUGGGGUCAAUGGUUCACACCGAGGACAGAUCAUUUGGAAAAUUGAGCCAAGUUCCUACUUUGUAGAGCCUGAAACAAAAAUCUGCUUUAAGUAUUACCAUGGAGCCAGUGGAGCACUUCGAGCAACAACCCCAAGCAUCAGUGUGAGAAAUCCUUCUGUUCCUGUUUUUAAAACUAUUUCCAGUGAAGAAGCUGUUCAAGGUCAGGGAAGUCGGAGGCUGAUCAGUUUUACUCUGUCAGGUUUUCAAGCUGUUGGUCUGAAGAAAGGGAUGUUCUUCAAUCCUGAUCCUUACCUGAAGAUUUCCAUCCAGCCAGGAAAACACAGCAUCUUCCCUGUUUUACCGCAUCAUGGGCAAGAGAAACGCACUGGGAUUACUUUUAACACCAUCAACCCUGUCUGGCAGAGAGAGCAGCACAGCUUUGUUUCUCUCCCUACGGAUGUUCUUGAAAUUGAGGUCAAGGACAAGUUUGCAAAGAGUCGCCCCAUUAUAAAGCGCUUUCUAGGAAAGCUGUCAAUGCCUGUACAACGAUUAUUGGAAAGACAUGCAAUAGGGGACAGGGUGGUGAGCUAUACAUUGGGUCGAAGGCUGCCAACAGACCAUGUUAGCGGACAGCUGCAGUUUCGAUUUGAGAUAACAUCUUCAAUCCAUCAAGAUGAUGAAGAUAUUUCAGCCAGUAACGAAGCAGGAUCAGCUGAACAGCAGGAAAAUCAGAUGAUGGACUUAACAAAGCAGGCUUGCAGUGAGUCCCAGAGAGCUGGUGCUACAAACUUGGCAACAGAAGUGGUUGAGCAAUUGAAUGAAAGUGAAAGCCAUAUGAAUGGCAUGGAUUUAAAGAGUCCAGACAGUAGGAAUGCUGUGAGUUCACCAGUCAGUGAAUUAGAUCAAACCAUUGAGAAUGAGAAUGGAGUUAAUGAGCACGACAAAGAGAAUCCUUUCCCAAUAGAUACAUUGGAUCUCGGGGAGUCUAUACCAAAAGUUUCUCAGCCUUCCCUUACUGAUUUAUCUCAACCUCAAGCUGACUCUGUUUUGGAUGGAAGUUCUGAGACUGAAAGGGUAGAGGAUACCACUGUCACUCAAGUAGAAGGUGUGUGUUCUGGUGAGUCAGUACUUGAUGUCGAAGCUGUUGCUGAAGAUAUCUGUCAAGUAGAAGGGAAUGAAACUGGUGUUGACAAUAGCGAAGCUUUACCUCGGCAGGAAGACAGUACAUUGAUAUUGAGAAGAACAGUAAGGAGGAAAAUUAGGCCAUUCUCGCUGCCGGUGUCCGAGCUGGAAUCUGUGAUUGCCUCAGCUUGUGGUUCAGGGGAGCCAGAAACUCCUCGGACCCACUACAUUACACUGCAUCGCCUGCUGCAUAGCUUGCCUUCUGCUCAGCUAGAUGGCGAUGAUGCACCUGAAGAGAUAAAUAACAAAUUUGCUUCCUUGGAGCCACUGGAAAAAGAACCUGAGGACAAAAAUGCACCUAGUGAAAGAGAUACACCAGAGCCUGAAACUAGUAGUGUCUCAAGUGAGCCCAGCAAUGUCGGGCGAAGGAUGUUGCCUCGCAGUGCAUCAGUUGAACAUCUUUCUGAGUUAGAUCAGAUUCUAGAGAAAGAUCAACAAAGAAAUCAAAGUGAGACUGAGACAAAUACUGCACAGCAGGUAAAUAAUGAAUGGGACAUCUGUAAUACACCAUGUUGUAGAACUUCCUGUUACAGCACUUCCUGUUACAGUACAUCUUGUUACAGCACUUCCUGUUACAGUACCUCUUGUUACAGCACUUCCUACCAAAGCACUUCCUGCUAUGAUGGUACAAAUCACUUCUCCUCAAACCAUACAAGGUUCUCCUCAAUUGACAGCGCACGGUUGUCUGAAAGUACAGUUUUCUCUUCACAAGAAGAAGAGGAGGAUGAAAACAGUGCAUUUGAGUCAGCGCCAGAUUCAGGACAUAGCCCUGAGUACUGUGAGAGGGAGCAAGUAGACAGCAUUAUUCAGUGGCCAGGAGAGCAUGCAGCCCAAGCAUCGGAAAGGACUGUGGUAAAUGAAGAGUCAGCUGCAGGACAGAGCAACAGCAUCGAAGGUGAUAACCCUUUACCACACUGUGCUCAGACAAUAAGUCAGCUGCCCUCUUUGAGACAAGACACCAACCGUUACCCUACCAUCGACGAGCCCCUUCCUCCCAACUGGGAAGCACGGAUUGAUAGUCAUGGGAGAGUUUUUUACGUGGAUCAUGUAAACCGUACAACAACAUGGCAGCGACCUACAGCAGCUGCUACACUUGAUGGUCUGCGCCGGUCCAGCUCCAUCCAGCAAAUGGAACAACUUAACCGGAGGUAUCAGAACAUCCAAAGGACAAUUGCAACAGACAGAUCUGAAGAUGAGGUGACUGCAGAGAUCUCACAACCAAAUACAGAUGGUGGACAGGCUUUGGGGAGUCAGAAUGUGAGUCACUCGCUACAGAAUUCGCUAGAACUGAGACGAGAAGGCUCUUUGUCUCCAGUGAGUUCCCAGAAAGUUAACAUGUUAUUGCAGUCUCCAACUGUCAAAUUUAUCACAAAUCCUGAGUUCUUCACUGUGCUACAUUCAAAUAAUAGUGCCUAUCGAAUAUUUACCAAUAGUACUUGCUUGAAGCAUAUGAUACUGAAGAUCCGCAAGGAUGCCCGGAAUUUUGAGCGGUAUCAGCAUAACAGGGACUUGGUGACUUUCCUGAACAUGUUUGCAGAUACACAGUUAGAACUGCCUCGAGGAUGGGAGAUAAAGACAGAUCAACAGGGCAAGUCAUUUUUUGUUGAUCACAACAGUCGAGCAACAACAUUUAUUGAUCCUAGGCUUCCACUUCAAAAUGGCCGGCUGCCGAACCAUUUAACACACAGACAACACCUGCAGCGUCUACGCAGUUACAGUGCAGGAGAGGCUUCUGAUGUAUCACGUGUCCGGGGAUCCUCGCUGCUUGCCAGACCUACCAAUACUCUGGUGGCCGCCAUUCGCAGUCAGCACCAUCAAGAUGUAGUACCAGUGGCAUACAAUGACAAGAUUGUAGCUUUUCUCCGUCAGUCAAACAUAUUUGAAAUGCUUCAAGAGCGCCAGCCCAGCCUUGGCAAGAAUCACACGCUCAGGGAGAAAAUCCAUUAUAUUCGGACAGAAGGAACACUUGGGCUUGAAAAACUAUCAUGUGAUGCAGAUUUGGUUAUUUUGUUGAGCCUCUUUGAAGAUGAGAUUAUGUCAUAUGUUCCAGCACAUGUUCCAUUUCACCCGGGAUACAACUACUCUCCCCGCUGCUCCCCUGGGUCUUCACCUCAAAAUUCCCCAGGCAUGCAACGAGCAAGUGCAAGGGCUCCUGCACCAUACAGGAGAGAUUUUGAAGCUAAGCUGAGAAACUUUUACAGAAAGCUUGAGGCCAAAGGUUAUGGGCAAGGACCAGGAAAAAUCAAGCUAAUUAUACGUCGGGACCACUUGCUGGAAGGUACCUUCAAUCAGGUUAUGGCCUAUUCACGCAAAGAUCUGCAACGGAACAAGCUGUACGUCACAUUCGUUGGAGAAGAAGGCCUGGAUUACAGUGGACCAUCAAGAGAGUUUUUCUUCCUCUUGUCGCAAGAACUUUUCAAUCCCUACUACGGUUUGUUUGAGUAUUCAGCCAAUGACACGUACACUGUGCAGAUCAGUCCAAUGUCAGCGUUUGUAGAAAAUCAUCUGGAAUGGUUCAGGUUCAGUGGUCGUAUCCUGGGCCUUGCUCUGAUUCACCAGUACCUGUUAGAUGCCUUCUUCACCAGGCCCUUCUAUAAGGCACUGCUAAGGCUACCAUGUGACCUGAGUGACCUGGAAUACCUGGAUGAAGAAUUCCACCAGAGUCUACAAUGGAUGAAGGACAAUGACAUCACUGAUAUUCUCGACCUCACCUUUACAGUUAAUGAGGAGGUGUUUGGGCAGGUCACAGAGCGAGAACUCAAGACAGGUGGGGCCAAUAUUCAAGUAUCAGAGAAAAACAAAAAGGAAUACAUUGAGCGUAUGGUGAAGUGGAGGGUGGAAAGAGGUGUCGUUCAGCAGACUGAAGCCUUGGUUCGAGGUUUCUAUGAGGUGGUGGAUUCACGGCUUGUAUCGGUAUUUGAUGCCCGAGAGCUGGAACUGGUUAUUGCAGGUACAGCAGAGAUUGACCUGAAUGACUGGCGCAAUAAUACAGAGUACCGGAGCGGCUACCACGAUGGUCACGUUGUAAUAAAGUGGUUCUGGACAGCUGUGGAACACUUCAAUAAUGAACAGCGGCUCCGGCUUUUACAGUUUGUGACGGGAACAUCCAGCAUACCUUAUGAAGGCUUUGCCGCCCUCAGAGGGAGCAAUGGACUAAGGCGAUUCUGCAUUGAGAAAUGGGGCAAAGUAACAUCACUGCCAAGGGCACACACAUGUUUCAAUCGCUUGGAUCUCCCGCCGUAUCCAUCACAUUCUAUGCUUUAUGAAAAGCUGCUCACAGCAGUGGAAGAAACCAACACUUUUGGACUUGAAUAAAAGAAGCCCUCACUUCUCACGAGGAAUAGCACUACUGCAGUGAACAGCAGGCAUCCUUGUCUUUACAACAUGUGAAGCACAAAAUGUGCAUGUGCAAAGUGGAUGCCUCAUAUGUAAAGUAUUAUGGACAGCACUUCCUGAUUUCUGAAUUAACCGAGGAAGGAAGGGAAAAAACAUUAAUGUUGAACCAUUGUAACUAUUUCCUGCUUGGUUUCAUUUUUUUUAAUUUUUGUAAAUAAACAUUUCUCCCAAAGGAAUGGACUAUAGACAAUCUCAUGCAAUUAAAGCCAUUCUUUUCUUGGCAGGGCCACUU